AAUUAAAAAAUUGUAUUCUUUCUUUCUCAUGUUUCUUGGUUGAAACCCUAAGACUAAGAAAGAAUACUAGAAAUAAAAUAUGGUAGGAGAGGCUAAAAAGGGAGCAGAGACUAAAAAGGGAAAAACAUUUGGCUUAGGGUGUGAGCCUGUGGUGGGAUCUUUGGCUCCGGCGAAAAAGAGAGACUACAAAAUCACCAAUCGCCUCCAAGAGGGAAAUCGCCCUAUAUACGCUGUCGUUUUUAACUUCCUCGACUCUCGUUACUUCAACGUUUUCGCCACUGCUAGUGGCAACCGAAUUACUGUUUAUCAAUGCCUUGAAGGAGGGGUUAUUGCUGUUUUGCAGUCUUAUGUGGACGAGGAUAAGGAUGAGUCUUUUUACACUGUGUGUUGGGCAUGCAGUGAUGAUGGGAGUCCAUAUAUUGUGGCUGGCGGCAGCAAGGGGAUAAUCAGAGUCAUUGAUUCGGGCCGUGAGAGCAUAUACAGGAGUUUUAUUGGCCAUGGGGACUCUAUAAAUGAAGUCAGAACUCAAACAUUAAAACCAUCACUUGUGAUAUCUGCAAGCAAAGAUGAAUCUCUCCGGUUGUGGAAUACUCGUACUGGAAUAUGUAUCCUGAUAUUUGCUGGAGCUGGAGGACAUCGCAAUGAAAUCCUCAGUGUUGACUUUCAUCCUUCGGAUAUAUAUCGUAUUGCUAGUUGUGGCAUGGAUAAUACUGUAAAAAUAUGGUCUAUGAAGGAGUUCUGGAAAUAUGUAGAAAAAUCAUUCACAUGGACAGAUCUUCCAUCAAAGUUCCCAACAAAAUUUGUCCAACAUCCUGUAUACUGUGCUUCUGUUCAUGUAAAUUAUGUUGACUGUACUAGGUGGUUGGGUGAUUUUAUUCUCUCAAAGAGUGUUGAUGAUGAAGUUCUCUUGUGGGAACCUAAAGUGAAGGAAGAAAUUACUGGAACGGGUGCGGUUGACGUCCUUCAGAAGUACCCCGUUCCCGCAUGUGAUAUCUGGUUCAUCAAGUUUUCAUGUGAUUUCCAUUUAAACAUAGCUACAGUAGGUAACAGGGAAGGCAAGAUUUUUGUUUGGGAAUUGCAGUCAUGUCCUCCUGUACUUUCUACAAAGUUGUCACAUCCUCAAUCAAAAGCUCCGAUCAGGCAGACUGCUACUUCCUUUGAUGGAAGUACUAUAUUGAGUUGCGCUGAGGAUGGGACAAUAUGGCGCUGGGAUGAUGUUUCAAACUCUUCAACCUAAAUUGUAUUCAUGCAUGUCAAGAAAUGAGGGCAUUUAUGGUUUAUCAGGAACUUUGUUUAUUGCAUGUUUGUUUGUUUAUUUUGGUUCGAUGAGGUUCAGCUGAGAACUCAGUUAGAACUUUGAAGUUGUUCAAAUAAAGAAAAGUUAAACCUUGAGCCAUGUGUCACAUGUUGCCGGUUUAUACAAUUUAGAUAACUCAAUUAUUAGAGCAUUUUCAUAAAUCA